AUGUGCCCCCGCCUGCCCCUGGGUCUGCAGCGCUCCAGACUCCCGCAGAGAGCGACCGUGGCCGCCCCCCGCCCCGGCUUUGCCGACCUGAUGGCCGCGUUCGAAGCCGCGCCCAACGACCGCGCGCGGUCGGCACUGCUGCUGGACGUCGCGCGGCGUGUGUCCCCACUGGACGCCGCGGACCGCACCGACGCCAACCGCGUGCUGGGCUGCACCGCCCAGGUCUGGCUGGCGUCGAGCGUGGAGCCGGGGACCGGCGCGCUGCGCCUGCGCGCCGGCGCCGACUCCGCGCUGCACGCCGGCCUUGCCAACGUGGUCCUCUCCGCGCUGGACGGCCUGGCCCCCGAGGCCGUGCUCGCCUUCGACGCCUCGGCCCUGGCCGCGCUGGGCGCGCGCUGGGGCUCGCUCACCGCCUCGCGCACCAAUGGCCUGGCGGCGCUGCUGGGCGCGGCGCGCGCUGCGGCCUCGCGCGCGCUGGGUCACCCCGCCUUCCCCUCGCUGCUGGUGUCGGCGCGCGGCGUGGCCGCGCGCGGCGCCUACGCGGAGGCCCAGGCCGCCUACCUGGACCCGGCCCCGGAGGCGGUCCAGGCUCUGGCCGACGCGCUGGCCGCCUCGCGCGUCGGCGUGGUGGCUCACUUCUACAUGGACCCGGAGGUGCAGGGCGUGCUGGCGGCCGCGGCGCGCGCCUGGCCCCAUAUCGCCAUCUCCGACUCGCUGGUCAUGGCCGACCGCGCGGUGGCCAUGGCCCGCGCUGGCUGCCGGGCCGUGGCGGUGCUGGGCGUCGACUUCAUGGCCGAGAACGUGCGCGCCAUGCUGGACGAGGCCGGGCACCAGGAUGUGCGCGUUCUGCGUAUGGACGCCGGCGCCAUCGGCUGCUCGCUGGCCGAGGCCGCGGAGGGCGCCGCCUACUCCGCCUUCCUGGCGCGCGCCGCCGCGCACCCCUCCCCUGCGCUGCACGUGGUUUACAUCAACACCAGCCUGCGCACCAAGGCCCGCGCGCAGGCCGCCGUGCCCACGCUCACCUGCACCUCCUCCAACGUCGUGGCCUCGGUGCUGGGCGCCUUCGCCGCCGUUCCCGGCGUGCACGUCUGGUACGGCCCCGACGCCUACAUGGGCCGAAACGUGCGCGCGCUGCUGGCCGUGCUGGCCGCGGGCCCGGACGAGGCGGUGCGCGCGGUGCAUGCGCAGCACAGCGCGCGCAGCGUGGCCGACGCCCUGCCCCGCUUCCACUCCUUCCAGGACGGCAUGUGCGUCGUCCACCACAUGUUUGGCGCGGGGGUGUGCCAGCGCGUGGCAGCCGACUACGGCGACGCCUACCUGGCCGCGCACUUCGAGGUGCCGGGAGAGAUGUUCGAGCUGGCGCUGGCCGCCUCGCGCCGCGGCGCGGGCGUGGUGGGGUCCACCUCCAACAUCCUCGACUUCAUCGUUGCCAAGGUGCGCGAAGAGGCGGCCGCCGCCGAGCCGCGACCCAAGCUCCAGUUCGUGCUGGGCACCGAGACGGGCAUGGUCACGGCCAUCGUGCGCGCUGUGCGCGCUGAGCUGGAGCGCCUGCCCGGCCUGGGCGAGCUCCAGGUGGAGAUCGUGUUCCCGGUCUCCCCUGAUGCCAUCACCACGCCGGAGCAGGAGCGGGGCGCGGGGUCAGCGUCCCUGACGCUGCCCGGGGGCGUGUCGCUGAUCCCGGGCCCGGCGGGCGGGGAGGGCUGCUCCUCCUCUGGCGGCUGCGCCUCCUGCCCCUACAUGAAGAUGAACACGCUGAGCGCGCUCCUGGACGUCUGCUCCGCGCUGCGCGACCCGGCGCGUGAGGCGCAGCUGGCACGCCACGAGCCUGUGCCCUACACCGAGAAGGUGGCGGGGCGCAGCGUGGCCUCGCUGGGCUGCGAGACCAUCCUGCACAUGCGCGACUUCCAGAAGGAAGGCAGGCUGUCGGAGCGCCUGGUCGCGGACGUCCUGGCGCGCAAGCGCCGCGCCUGA